AUGUUUGUAGACUCCAUAACCAAGAGUCAAUCAAUCAACAACAUCAACAACAAUGUCAACAACAACAACAUAAACAAUCUCUCUCCAAUAUCUAAACAUCGACUCUCUCUCUCAUACCCAUCGUCAAAGGACAAUGUCAACAACAGUAACAGUAACAGUAAUAGUAAUAGUAACAAUGUGAUAACAUCAUCUAAUAGUGGAGUCAGUAGUCUACUGCCUGUGUUCAACUCAACACCAAACUUGUUAGACUACCAACUACACUCGACACAUUCACUGGCGCCUACAAUCACAUCAACAUUCAGAUCGACAUCGCCCACAAAGAUAUUGAAUGGCAGUACGAUAACGACCGUGACAACAACGAGCACGAGCUCAUCAAUCAAUGUAAAUAGUAAUAAUAAUAAUAGUAAUAGUAGUAUUAUGAGUGGGAGUGGAGGCAUCAUCAUCAAUAGUAGUAGCAGUAAUGUUAGUAGUAGCGCUACCACAUCCAACUUGACAACUACCAACUGUACAACUGGUGGCAGUGCCACACCCAACGCCAACAUUCCAAACACUUUAAACAAUGCCAAUAACAAUGCCAACAACAAUGCCAACGAUGAUGAUGAUCAACAACUUGUAAAUAGCUUUAGGACUAAUUGGAGGAGGUUCGAGACCGCCGUCAAUAGGGAGCCGAUCAACAUAUACGGUGGCAUUCAAUUCAGUAUCCUAUAUCUGGUGAUUGCCGCUGGAGUGGUGCUCGCCAUCAAACUGGUGUCACUGCUGCUGCUGGGCUGGGUGCCAGAGUUUGUCAUUGCCAUUGCCAUCCUCUACCUCUAUUUGUGGCUGGACAACAAGUACGACUUUACAACGCACAAGCGCAGUCUGGCCAUGAUGUCCUUGGAGAACGACCCAGCCAACAGCAACAUCAAGGACAAGAUCAGCUUUUACCAGGGCGCCAUCGACAAGCCGGUCUCCAAGCCCACGCACAAGAACCAUGUGAGGUCGUCGUCGGGCGGCCACACGACCACCAUCAACAAUAGCAACAGCAUAUUGAGUGGCAUUAGUGGCGGAGUUGGUGGCGGUGUCGGCGGCGGCAUCAGCGGCAGUAUUAGUCAGUCUAGCAGCUCACUACUGUUUGCCAAUCUACCGGUGCCAUCAGAGGAUAUUACAAUGUUGGGUGGCACACUCUAUCGAACACGUCCACAUAACAAUCACAGGCGAACACUACCGCCAGGAUACUACAAUCAGUAUCUCAACUACAACAUCAAUGGCAGUAAGAACACGAGUACAAGCACUAGCAAUGGUGGCAAUGGCACAACACAACAUACUACCAACAGGGAUGAUCAGAUGGAUGAUAUCAACGCGAACAAUGAAUCAAACAACAACACAAGUAUGGAUCAGGAUGACACGCACUCCAAUCACUCUGCUGACUCUGAUCAGGAUGAUAUUGGAAUGCCAAGUGAUCCAACCGUCGCCACUGUGACCAAGGUGGAGUUGACCGAGUUGGUCAACAUCUCCAAAGUGAAGAGCAACAUCACUCACUUUACCAAACUCUCGUCCAACCUUGAGGAGAAGCUUGAUUGGUUGCUGUCCCCAUUCACACUCAACCCACCCAGAGCUGUAAGUACUGGCUGGAAUGCAUGA